CGAACUGAUUCAACUCGACUCGCUGUGGGAGAUUUUGGGGCAGUUUUGUUUGCAAAAGCAUGGCAAGCGCCCAGAGCUGUUCUCCUACGACCAAGACCUCCCGUUUGUGGAGCGAAUCGUGCAUGAAAUUCUCGAGUCGGAGCGGCAGGAUGCCGAAUUUCACGAACAAAAUUUUCCGCAUCGAACCCCAGCCGGGGGUGUAGUACAACACCAUGUCGCACACCACGCCAACAAUUGUACAGCUUCGGGGCACCCCCACACGUCAUCGACCCAGUAUCAUCAUGCAGGCAUGCUUCCCCGUUCUACUAACAAUCUCAAGCAGCAUCAAAACGCGCUUCCCCUCGCCCAGCAGCCUCUGGUGCACGAGCAAGUGCAAGAACAGCAGAACAAGUUGCAUGCAAAUUCUUGCACGCACGCC